CUUAUCUCUGAAUAUAUAAAAAAAGAUUGAAAAGAAGCUUUUUCCCCUCUUUUCUUUCUAUUUUCUUUCUCUUUCUCAUUAUGUUUGUAUCACAAACUUACAAUAUAAUUCCAGAUAAAAGAACUUAUCAAGAAAAAGCCAUGAUCUAUGAUCAAGAACCAAUUACAGUGAUGACGAGUUAUUUUAAAUCAAUUUUCAAAAACUAUUUUGGAACUCAAACACCAGUAAAACAAAAGUACAAUGGUCUGAUGCCACAUUCACCUACACGAAAGACAGAUGCCUAUAUCACGCCUCAAACAGUGAUGGCCCCCAUCGCCAUGACUGGGUGUACCCAUGACGACGAUGAUUGCUGGGAUUAUCUAUCUAAAAGCGACUCUAGUACGAGCAGUUCGGGAUCGUCUUUUAGCUCCAUUUCGGGACACAAUAGCAGCCGACAACGACGUAGUGUGAGUUCCCUAUCAGAGAUUUUGUGUGAACAUUACGUACAAAAGACCUUAAAUAGUAAUGAUGAAAUGGGCAAUAAAGAUGUUCCACUAGAAACCUAUAAAGUUUUUGAAGCAUCUAGAAAGACUGUCUCUCUGGAAUCUAGCACAGAAGAAGACGAUGACGAAAGUUGGUUUAUUUGGGAUAAUCUACAAAAGACAAAAGAAUGGAUCCAAGUGGUGGACGAAGAGUUAUUUCUACCGAAAGAAAAAGUGACUACGGAAAUUACUAUUGCCACAACUGUAGUGGAGAAAGCAAGAAGCAUCCGAGCCAACCCAGCGCAUUUACGUAUGAUUGUUGCAGAAGUAAACAUGAUGCGAGCUAACAAAAUAGUUGGACCUCUCAAGUCCCGUGGUUUUUUAACAGCAAGAACCGAUAAAUUCGUAUCUAAUCAAGCCAGUCCGCUUGGAUUACCUAUCUAAUCACUCUAUAAAAAGAUAAUAUACCCCCUUUUCCCUUUUUACAUUUUACACCUUAAUAAAUAAUAUCAAAUUCAAAUAGUUCU